GUAUGGGGUACCCGGGACGACCACAUGCAAGUCUGAUUCGACAUUCCCGCGUGCUAAGCACCUCACUAUCCUCUCUUACUGGAGGAAGUUUUUACGUCGUAAAAAGAGACUGGGAAAUUCCGUAACGAUUCUUCCCCCAGGAGAAAAAGAUCCAAGGGCGGACAAUCAAGUAGUAAUAAUCAGCGGCGGGAAAGAGAAAAAAAACUACCUAGGACUACUAGGCGGAUUAGAAGUCCCCGUUGCCUUUUUUCGAGAGUAGUCGUGUCCGUCCCAUCUCCUCGGACACGAUGGGACAACUCGGGCUGUGAUUUUUAAGUAUGGCUCCUCUUCUUCCUCUUCAUCUUCUUAAGCUGCUAUGCGUGGGCUUGUGGUGGUGGCCGCUCCUAUGCCUCGCGGCCAUCCCGACUAAUAUCUCGCGAGGCGAUGGGGCGGGGUCGAUAUACGGGCCAGCGAGCGGAGAUGACGAUCGUAGCGCGGAGGGUGAGGGUGGAAGCGGAAGGCAUAUCAGGGCCGCCCUGCAGUCUCGGAAAGUCGCAAAUGUCACUAUCAGCCCCGUCUCUCCCUAUAAUGAGACGGGAGUGGUAAGCCGGUCGUCGCCGCGGGAGCCGCUAGCGAGGUACGGGGAGGGGAUCGUAUAUAUGCUAGAGCUUGCCAUCGGAACACCCGGGCAGGUGGUCUCGGCUAUCCUCGACACGGGAUCGUACACGCUGCUCCUGGAUCCAACCUGUGAUCGAGCGGCGGACCCAACCGCUUGUCGAACGUACGGCUAUUAUGACACCUCGCAGUCUUCCACCGCGCAGAGUCUAGAUGGAUGGUUUGCUGGGAAAUUCGGCACUGGUUAUAUGCAAGGGGUAUGGUACAGCGACACGGCGUAUGUGGGGAUGGAUAACUUACCCCUUCCAAGUUUAAGGGUUGGCGUGAGCAAGUUGAGCGAGUAUGUUUGGGCGGGUGUAUUGGGCGUUUCGUAUGGCAACGCGUGGAAUACAGGAUAUAAAACCUUGCUAGACCUUUUAGUGGCGCAAGGCUACAUCGAAGUACCGAUAUUCAGUUUAGGGGUUGGCUAUCAAGGCGGUGGUAGUCCAAGAAUAACUCCUCCGGGGCAGAAUGAAACGGUGCUGACGGAGAGCAAAUUCGAACGCAAUGUGCUAAUCGACUCGGGAUCCACGUAUACCUAUCUCAGUGCAGACAUGGUAGCCGCAAUAGCAAAGGCCUUGUAUGCGUAUCUGGAUCCCCAUGGUGUAUGGAUUGUACCAUGCGAAAGCCGGAACCUAGAUGGUUCCGUGAACUUCGGGUUCAACUUCUACAACAUCGUGAUUCGGGUCAACUAUGCCGACUUCAUCGUGGAUUUCGAUAGCUACUGCGCCCUUGGAGUGCAGAUUACCGAUGAUAAAGACUCGACUUGGGUUCUUGGGACGAGUUUCAUUCGAGCUGCGUACCUCGUGUUUGAUCAGCAGAAUGAUGCUGUAUGGAUCGCACAAUAUUUUCCGUGCGGCGAAAGUGUAACCGAUCUCACUACAGAUGCUGGUAGACAACUGUGGUUAGAAGUCACAGGUCUUUGUUAA